UUAAGUUUGGCUUGGGGGAAGCGAAAACUAUUUAUUAUUGGGCUGUUACGCAGUAAAGUUUUUUUUUAUUUAGUGAUAAUAAUAAUUUGCUAUGAGUGACGACGCACCUAAUUGGCUUGAUUUUGUAUUAGACCCUCCAAGAAGACAUUCGAUUUUCGCGUCCGACGAUGAUCAAAAAAUGGCGGUCAUCCGCAAAGCGUUCCAAAUGUUCGACACGAGCAAGUCUGGGUUCAUCGAGACCACGAAGAUCGCCACCAUCUUGAAUACUAUGGGUCAGCUGUUCGAUGAGGGUGAACUGAACAACCUGAUCAGGAAGAACGAUCCAGACCAUUCUGGAAAGGUGAAUUUUGACGGAUUUGCUGAAAUUGCUUCACAUUUUCUCGAGGAAGAUGAUGACGCCAACACCCAACAAGAACUUAAGGAAGCUUUCCGGCUGUACGACAGGGAAGGCAACGGUUACAUCACCACAGGUACACUAAAAGAAAUCUUAGCUGCCCUCGAUGACAAUCUGACCAGCAGGGAUCUUGAUGGUAUCAUUGCUGAGAUUGAUACUGAUGGAUCUGGAACUGUUGACUUUGAUGAAUUUAUGGAAAUGAUGACUGGAGACUAGAAAAGUUCAAAAUUCUAUUGUUGUUUUGUAUUAUUGUUAAGCCUGUUAUUUAUUUCUUUAUGCUUAAAAAAGACAAUCUGUAUAAUAAUCAGAAUAUAAAUAAACAAAAGUUAUUUUUAGAAAA